AUGGGUUGGCCGUACAAAUUUCUCGACCUAUCCCGCGAGGAGGUCCAGUUGAGACGGCAGACCUUGGACCGGUACGGCACGUAUGCCCAGUUCUCGGCUUUGACGCCCAUCAUCCUGGCUCUUCUCCUUCGUUUGUUCGUCUAUCUCAAACAGCGGGUACAAGCGAGCGCCGCCUACGAUGCAGUUCCGGACUCUCCAGACCUGAAAGCCAGGAGGCAAAGCUGGGUUGGCAAUCUGGAUGCGAAUGUGAGGAAAGUGAAGUGGUGGCUGAACGAUGAUGUCUACUUUAUGGGACAGCAUUGGGGUCAGAAGGACCAAUGGGUCUUUGGUGUGGCUUGGUUCGCUUGGCUGCUUGUUCUGUCUACCUUGGAGACUGGUGAGGACUAUCUCCACAUCACGAAACGCUUCGGUAUCGUUGCCGUGUCACAGAUUCCAUUCCAGUAUCUGCUGGCCUUGAAGAGCUUCAGUCCCAUCGCCAAAGUCUUUCGCACUUCCCACGAGGAGCUGAACAAAUGGCAUCGAGUAUUGUCUCGAGUGACAUUGUCACUUCUCGUCCUCCACGCUCUCUUUUACCUCAACUUCUUUGUCGCCAAGGGUAUCGUGACAAGCCGUCUGUUCGCCCCCGUCGUCUUUGCCGGUGUCGUCGCCUUUGCAGCCAUGAACAUGAUGACUUCGACCGCCACUGUCGCUAUUCGCAAGUACUCCUACCGAAUCUUCUUCAUCACUCAUUUAAUUGGGGCAUUUGCUAUCCCGCCAUUGGUUUUCUUCCACGCCAAGUCCUCUCGGCUGUUCAUGGCCAAAGCCAUCAUCGUGUUCCUCAUUGACCUCGUUGUACGCCGUCUGCGCACCGUCAUGGCCUUUUCCAAGCUAGAGACCAUCCCUGGGACCAACCUGAUCAAGAUCUCAGCUUCAAUCCCUCAGUUCAAGGUCAACGCUUUCCGCAGUCGGCCGGGGUCCCACAUCUAUCUCAGCAUCCCCGCCGCCGCGAGACCUGGUGGCGGUCACUCGUCUUCGGAAGCUCUGCUUUACGAGUUCCUCUUCAACCCCUUUACCGUGGCUUCUGUUGACGAGGAGACCGGUGACUUGACCCUCGUUGCUCGCCAACUUAACGGCCCGUUGACCCAGCACCUUGGCUACUUUGCAAACGCGGGAGGCGGCAGCGACGGGAAGAUCCCGCUCUGCAUUGAGGGCCCCUAUGGCGCGGCAUCUAUCCAUUUCGACAAACUCAUCGGCUCGACCGUCGAUCGUGUUUUGUUGGUGGCUGGCGGCGUGGGAGCCACCUUUACCGUGCCCAUUUACCAGGCCAUCCUCCAGGAUAACCCGAGUGCCAAGGUCGAGAUGGUCUGGGCCGUCCGGGGAGCCGGUGACGCAACUUGGGCCAUGACCACCGACAAGUCGCCCAAGAGCUUGCUUGAGGAUAGCAACGUCCAGAUUUUCUUGACGGGCGACUCCCUCAACUCCGCUACCACGGGCCCCAUGGCUGGUGUACCCGCCGAGACCAACGCAGACGGCGAGAUGGAGAUGAACCCCAUGUACCGUGACCGCACGCGAAAUCUCUUUACAGCGGACCACAACCGCAAGCGCCCCAACCUGAGGAAUAUUGUCGACGACUUCUUCAGGCAAGGUGCGGAGGAGAGGGUGGCCGUGCUCGUGUGCGGGCCCACGGAGAUGGGCAGGGAGAUGCGGGAAUAUGUCGGAGCAUGGGUCAUGAGGGGCCGCGAAGUGGUGUGGCACAAUGAGGCCUUUGGAUGGUGA